CUGGUGCCUCCUCAGCAGCUGUUGCCGCCGCCAGCUGAGGCCUGAUAUGAGAGAGGAGAUGGCACUCCUCACCGGGGAGGCUGCUCCUGGAGUAUCGGUGUCCAGUUCUGGGCACCUCAAUACCAGAAAGAUAUCGAGCUCACCAUGUCUAUGAAUUCUUCUACACUUUUAAAUGAAGAAAACUCUCAAGGACCAAAAAGAAGUAGUGAAUGUUUGGAAAGUCUAGAAUUGCAGAGUACAUCAUCGUUUCAAGAUAACCCACUUCAACAACUGCAGUUAGCGUCGCAGGAAGUACUAGAAAAGGCAAAAAAGAGUGGGAGAUCAAAAUGCCCCCGAUGCAGUAGUUCAAGGAUGUUUUAUUGUUAUACAUGCUUUGUUCCUGUUGAAACUGUUCCAACCAAAGAAAUUCCGACUGUGAAGUUACCUUUGAAGAUUGACAUUAUUAAACACCCAAAUGAAACAGACGGCAAAAGCACUGCUGUGCAUGCUAAGCUCCUGGCACCCGAUGAUGUUACAAUUUAUAAAUACCCUUGCAUUCCAGAAUACAAAGAAAAAAGACAUGAAAUAGCACUUGUAUUUCCUGGCCCAGAUUCAGUUUCAGUAAAAGAUAUUGCUUUUCAUCUCCAAAAAUACAGUAAGAAGGGUGUUUGUGAUAAGGAUGAUGACUGUUCCAGAGAGCCAGUUCUUAAGCAAGCAAAAAUGGAACCUAAAGAAGAAAAAAAUCUAAAUGAAUGCAUCUCGAACAACAGGAAUGAAGGCACUAGACUGAAGAAAAUAAUAUUUAUUGACAGUACCUGGAAUCAAACUAACAAAAUAAUAACUGAUGAACGACUUCAAGGGUUGCUGCAGAUUGAGUUGAAGACAAGGAAAACUUGCUUUUGGCGUCAUCAGAAGGGAAAGCCAGAUACAUACCUUUCCACAAUAGAAGCAAUUUAUUAUUUUCUUGUGGACUAUCAUCAUGAGAUUUUGAAAGAGAACUACAAAGGACAAUAUGAUAAUCUGCUUUUUUUCUUUUCAUUUAUGUACACAUUGAUUAAAAAUGCCAAAUGUUGUGCAGGAAAAGAGUAAGAUGUCUGUCUAUAGACCACUGGUAUUCCAAUACCAUGUUAGAAACACACCAGAGAAGAGUGAACAGAAGAGAAUGGUCCACACCAGCACACCCAAGAUUGAGCCGUACUUGACCUAUGAUCGUGUGUGCUUCACUUCCCUUUACCUGUAAUUAAUUUCUGCCUCUGAAUAACGUGUCUCUACAUAUGGGCCCCUAAGCCAGUAGAACUCAGCAUGAAUUCUCAAGUCUGAAUAUUACUACUUCAAAGGUUUUGAUUGUAAAAUUUCUGCUUUCCAACAACAGGGAUAGAAGAGCUACACAGAAGUGUGUGUAUAUGUGUAAAUAUGAAUAAAUAUAUACCUCCUUCCUAGUGAUAAAUGCGUUAGGACACAAGCCAAAGAUUUUCUCCUAUGCUCUUUCUGUCUUAGGGAACGAAGAAAAUCAAAGCGUGUUAUCAGAGUUUACAAAAUUAAAGAAUAAAAUCCUAUAUGUACAGAGCAAAUGUAUACAUUAAUUAGAUGCAAACAUAGAGCUGAGCCUGUAAACAUACACAGAUGAGUAGUUUCACUAAGAAUUCAUUUGUUGAGUUUGGAUGUAUGACCCAGCACGGGUGCUGUAUUACCCCUCCAAACAAUACACUGGAAAAACAAAUAAUAUUUCAUACCUUUUCACUAUUUAGAAUAUCGCUGCUAACGAGUCUAGUGUAGUUCCCUAAUUUUGUCUCAAAGUAUCACAUUUUGUUUGUAUCUCCAGCAGCACUGAAGUAUUAGAUUUGUAAAAAAAAAAAAAAAAGUACAUACAUACAUACAUACAGGCUUAACAGGGCAUGCCAAAGAGGCCAAAGGGGUAAACAAGUUAUUCCAAAACACUUAAAAGAGUAAAACUGAAAGAAAAAUUUAGAGAUUGAUGAACUACACAGAAAUUCUGACUCUUCCUGCACAAAGGAAGUGCCGUGGAUCAUGCACCGCCAUUUGUUUAGCAGAGAAGAGAAAGGAGCAAGAGCGCACCCCCCCGGUACUGGGGAAAAUGUGUUUGCCACAAGUAAUUGUGUGCAUGAACACCUGCAGUGAACAUGCACAUAUAUAACUCUUGAUGGAAAAUUCAUAUUAGAUAGAAUGCAAUGUGAUGUUUUCUUUGCUGUCUUGAUUACUUACGGGAGAAUAAAAUGAUCAAGCCAGAGUUAGUGUUUCUCUGAUGCUUUCUUUUUUUAUUUAUAAUAUGCAAUUAGUUUAUAAAUUCCUUGUUUUACGCUAGUUUUUACUCUAUUUCAAGGUAAUUUUAUAACAAAUAACAGCAUGUAAACCUAUUAAUGUAACUGUAAAUUUUAUAACUUCUGUCCUACAAAACUGAGGUUAAGACCUGGCCUCUAUGAGAAUACUCUUUUGUGCAUAUUAUCUGCAAUAACACAUAACUUUUAAUAAAACAUGUUGUCUGUGAGGUAAA